GCACCAACCAGCCGGCGACACUCCCUCAUCCUCAAACUGGACGGUGCAAGGUCUCCCCGGAACUCCCACAGCCGUAGCGGCUGUCAACGUUUUAACAUUGGGUUUCGGUCCAAUAAUAUGGAAAAAGACGGAUGGAAAUACUGAUGACAGUCCGAAAGAUCGCCUCGAUUUGUACGAUGGGCGCCAAUGCCUCUGCUUUGGAGAAGGAGAUUGGACCAGAACAGUUUCCCGUUAAUGAACACUACUUUGGAUUGGUCAACUUUGGGAACACCUGCUACUGUAACUCGGUGCUGCAGGCCCUCUACUUCUGCCGUCCGUUCAGGGAGAAGGUCUUGGCCUACAAGGUCCAGCCCAGACGUAAAGAGUCACUGCUCACCUGUCUUUCUGACCUCUUCAACAGCAUCGCCACACAGAAGAAGAAGGUGGGAGUCAUCCCUCCCAAGAAGUUCAUCUCACGUCUGAGGAAAGAAAAUGAGCUGUUUGACAACUACAUGCAACAGGAUGCCCACGAGUUCCUCAACUACCUCCUCAACACUAUCGCUGACCUGCUGCAGGAGGAGGAGAAGAGCCAGGAGAGACAGCAGAAUGGAAAACUGUUACAGAACGGAGGAGGAGGAGGAGUUGGGGGCAGCAGCGGGACGGGAGGAGGACAGGGUGAGGAGGGGGAGAAGACACAGCAGACCUGGGUCCACGAGAUCUUCCAGGGAACCCUAACAAACGAGACGCGCUGCCUCAACUGUGAAGCUGUGAGCAGUAAAGACGAAGACUUCCUGGACCUGUCUGUAGAUGUUGAGCAGAACACCUCCAUCACACACUGUCUCAGGGGUUUCAGCAACACAGAGACACUAUGUAGUGAAUACAAGUACUACUGUGAACAGUGUCGGAGUAAACAGGAAGCACAGAAAAGGAUGCGUGUGAAGAAGCUGCCUAUGAUCCUGGCCUUACAUCUGAAGAGGUUUAAAUACAUGGACCAGCUGCAGCGCUACACCAAGCUGUCCUAUCGCGUCGUCUUCCCUCUGGAGCUCCGCCUCUUCAACACCUCAGGAGACGCCACCAACCCCGACCGCAUGUACGAUCUGGUCGCCGUGGUCGUCCACUGUGGAAGUGGUCCAAACCGUGGUCAUUACAUCACCAUAGUGAAGAGUCAUGGGUUCUGGCUCCUGUUUGAUGAUGACAUCGUAGAGAAAAUCGACGCCCAGGCGAUUGAGGAGUUCUACGGUCUAACGUCGGACAUUUCCAAGAACUCUGAGUCCGGUUACAUCCUGUUCUACCAGUCCCGGGACUGAACCAGCCAAUGGGAUUUGGACUCAGCAUAGGGAGG